AACUUCCGCCGUUUCAGCCAAUCACAACCUCCCGUUUCCCCCCACGUGACCUCCCGGUAGCCGAACCCGGAAGUGCCGCCGCCGCCAUGGACCCCGCCGCUCCCCCCCCAAAACGGCGCGGGCCCGCCCGCUUGGCGGAUCCGCGGCCUCUGUUCGAGGAUACGAGCGCUACCGGGGCGUCACCGGGCCGCGGUUUCGGGGCUCCGCCGCCGCCCUCGGGCUCCUCCUCGUCCUCGGCGGUGCCGCCGUUCCCGGGAGCUCCCGGCGCGUUCCUGAGCGAGCCCGUGUCCAGCCUGGCCGCGGCCUACGGGAGCAGCCUGGCCUCGCAUGUGGAGGGGAACCUGGGACGCUGGGUGCCCGUGGGCAAACUGAAAUAUUACUUUGCUGUGGACACCGUGUACGUGGGCAGGAAACUGAGGCUGCUCGUCUUCCCCUUCGGCCACCCGGACUGGCAGGUUCGGUACCAGCAGGACGCUCCGGUCGCUCCUCGCUUCGAUGUCAACGCCCCCGACCUUUACAUCCCGGCCAUGGCUUUCCUCACCUACAUCCUCCUGGCCGGCCUCGCUUUGGGCACACAGAACAGAUUUUCACCCGACAGCCUGGGCUUGGUGGCGAGCUCAGCCCUGGCCUGGCUGCUGCUGGAGGUGCUGAGCGUCCUCCUGAGCCUCUACCUGGUGUCGGUGAGCGCCGAGCUCAGCCCCAUCGACCUGCUGGCCUUCGCUGGAUACAAAUAUGUGGGGAUGAUCGUGGGGCUCGUGGCCGGGCUGCUGCUGGGAAGGGUCGGGUACUACGUGGCCUUGAGUUGGUGCUGCUUGAGUAUUUUUAUUUUUAUGAUCCGGACGCUGAGGCUGAAGCUGCUGUCGGAGGCGGCGGCCGAGGGCGUUCUGGUGCGCGGCGCCAAGAACCAGCUGCGCAUGUACCUGACCAUGGCCAUCGCCGCCGCCCAGCCCCUCUUCAUGUACUGGCUCACCUUCCACCUGCUCAGGUGAGCCUGGAGCUGCUCCCACCUGCUCAGAAUUCCUGGGAAAAACCCCAAAAUCCCGGAGUUUUCCCCAAAAAAAUUCCCGUCGUUUUCGGUCGUUUCAAUAAACGGAAUUUGA